UCUGUCAUUUAUAUUUAUAAAUUGUCAAACGUAUACUGAUAUUAUUUAAUAUUGUACAUUCUAUAUGUCUAAAGUAAAAGUGGACAUUGCCAAAGUAAUUAGAAAAUACAGUGAUGAAUCAGUCAAUCUUAAAGAAAUACUCAGAAAGAAAAUACCGCACGAACGACAACGAAUUCAAGAGUUUCGUAAGCAACAUGGAAAUUUUAAAGUCCAAGAUGUUACCAUUAACAUGAUGUAUGGAGGUAUGAGGGGACUUAAAGCAUUAGUAACAGAAACUUCAGUCCUAGAUCCCAAUGAAGGUAUCAGUUUUAGAGGCAUUCCAUUACAAAAAUGUAGACAAAUCCUUCCAACAACAGCUGGAGGAAAAGAACCAAUUCCAGAAGGUAUCUUCUGGCUCCUGCUAACAGGAGAUGUACCCUCUCAAGCACAAGCUAAUGCAGUUUCCAAAGAAUGGGCCCAGAGAGCUGAACUACCAAAACACCUCGUUAAAGUAUUGAAUACAAUAUCAAAAUCUGUACAUCCCAUGUCACAACUUUCAGCAGCAGUUACCAUUAUGAACAGUGAAAGCAAGUUCCGAAAAGCCUACGCCAGUGGAAUUUCCAAGUCCGAUUACUGGGAGUUUGCUUACGAGGAUGCCAUGGAUCUCAUCGCCAGGCUUCCUAUGAUAGCCGCCAUCAUUUACAGAAAUUCCUUCAAAGAUGGUUCCAAAGUCGGCAAAAUUGACCGUUCCAAAGAUUGGAGUUACAACUUUGCUAAAAUGUUAGGAUACGACAAUCCAGAAUUUACAGAACUCUUGAGAUUAUACCUUUCUAUCCAAAGUGACCACGAAGGAGGUAAUGUUUCUGCUCAUACUAUACAUUUAGUAGGUUCAGCUCUCAGCGAUCCAUACCUAUCGUAUGCCGCUGGGAUAAAUGGAUUGGCUGGUCCACUCCACGGAUUAGCAGUCCAGGAGGUACUGAUCUGGCUCAAAAGGCUUCGAGAACAAAUAGGCGAUAAAGCAACAAAAGAGCAACUCAAAGAUUUUAUAUGGAAAACUCUCAAAGCUGGACAAGUUGUACCUGGAUACGGACAUGCUGUAUUAAGAAAAACUGAUCCACGUUAUACUGCUCAAAGAGAGUUCGCGCUGCAAUAUUUACCCAACGAUCCAAUGUUCCAAUUGGUCUCAAAUCUUUACGAAGUAGUACCUGCUAUCCUCACCCAGACGGGAAAAGUCAGUAAUCCGUGGCCCAAUGUAGAUGCUCACUCUGGUGUAAUGUUCCAGUAUUAUGGUCUUAAAGAAAUGAGCUAUUAUACCGUUCUAUUUGGAGUGUCAAGAGCUCUUGGUACAAUGGCAUCACUCAUCUGGGACCGAGCUCUUGGAUUGCCACUCGAAAGACCAAAAUCCAUGACAACAGAUGAUUUGAUGGCGCUCGUCAAGGGAAAAUCGAAAUAAGUCAAGUUUCUAAUAUUUAGUGAGAUAAUUAAAGUCCAAUCGAUUAUUUAAAA